AUGUUCCUAUCAGUUGAAGAAGUUAAAGUACAAGCCAACAAUCUAUCAGAUCAGCUAGUUUCUUUCAUCAGCAAGCAAACAUACUUAAGCCACCAGCACAGCAAAGGGCUCAAAAUGUCUCUAUAUCUGUUUUUCACACUAUGUGUGUGACCCAUUAGUGAGUCAUGUAAUCAAUUCUGUGAGUCACAAUGAACAUUUUUUAAAAAUGAAAUAAAAUAUAUUAGAGUGCUUGCAUGGAUCCUUUGCCUGAAUUAUGCACAUUUUAGGGAAUACUGAGGUCAGUUUCAAUAAGUGAGAAGGGUAUUUGAUGGAGGGGAUAUGAUGAAUAGAAUAUAUGUUGGCCAGGAAAAGGUUUUCAGUCAUUUACACACUGGUGUCUUGUUUAGUUUUCAUAAUAGCAAGAUUAAUGUUGUGCAGUCUAGUUUUAUGUUAUCAUGACUUGCAACUAGAUGUGAAGCCUGAGAUAUUCAAUUGAGAUUCAGCUGCAAACUUUGCAUUUUUUGGAAAGAUUAGGCUAUAUAUAAAUUUUUUUAAUCAAAGUGGAAUAAAUUGCUGUUGAGAUGGAUCAUUUCUUUAUUAAAAGAAAGAGGAAUAAUGAAAUGAAAUAUACAGAAGCUUGUUCAAAUUCAGCUGUUGGAUCUGAAAGUGUGAAUAAUAACAAUAUUGAGAAAAAUAUUGACUCUAAUCUGCAAAUUUCAACUUCAUUCGAGCCACAUUUCAAAAAGAAAAAAAUAAGUGCAAGACGUUAUAAUGAAGAUUAUUUAAAAUACGGUUUUAUCAAAUGUGAAAAACCCUUUGAAAAUGACAGACCUCAGUGUGUUAUUUGUAAUAAUAUUCUUGCUAAUGAAAGCUUAAAACCUUCAAAAUUAAAAAGGCACUUAGAAACUCAGCAUGCUGAACUUAUUGAUAAGCCUCUUGAAUAUUUUCAGAGAAAGAAAAAAGACAUAGGAUUAUCAACACAAUUUCUUAGUUGUUCUGCUACUGUUAGUGAGAAAGCCUUAUUAUCAUCGUAUUUAGUUGCAUAUCGUGUGGCAAAAGAGAAGAUGGCUCACACAGCUGCUGAAAAAAUUAUUCUUCCAGCAUGUUUGGAUAUGGUGCGUACAAUUUUUGAUGACAAAUCAGCUGAUAAAUUAAAAACUAUACCCAGUGAUAAAACAAUCUCUCUUCGAAUUUGUACUAUUGCAGAACAUUUAGAAACAAUGCUCAUUACUCGGUUACAGUCUGGUAUAGAUUUUGCAAUCCAGCUUGAUGAAAACACGAAUUUUGAAAGCUGCGUAACACUUAUGGUUUAUGUCAGAUAUGCAUGGCAAGAUGAUUUUUUGGAGGAUUUGUUGUGUUUUUUAAAUUUAACCUCACACCUAAGUGGAUUAGAUAUUUUUACAGAAUUAGAAAAGCUCAUUAUUGGUCAAUAUAAAUUAAACUGGAAAAACUGUAAAGGAAUUACAAGUGAUGGAACAGCAAGCAUAACUGGAAAACAUGGCAGAGUAAUUAAAAAAUUGCUAGAAGUUACUAAUAAUGGUGUUGUGUGGAAUCAUUGUUUUAUACAUCGUGAAGCUUUAGCAACCAGAGAAAUUCCACAGAAUCUCAUGGAAGUAUUGAAAAAUGCAGUGAAAGUUGUUAAUUUUAUUAAAGGAAGUUCACUGAAUAGCCGACUUUUUGAAACAUUUUGUUCAGAGAUUGGGACUAAUCAUACCCACUUACUUUAUCAAACCAAAGUUCGUUGGUUGUCUCAAGGGAAAAUAUUAAGCAGGGUGUAUGAACUCAGGAAUGAGAUUCACAUUUUUCUCAUUGAAAAAAAAUCUCAUUUGGCAAAUAUUUUGGAAGAUGAUAUUUGGGUAACGAAAUUGGCAUAUUUAACUGAUAUUUUUGGCAUUCUUAAUGAACUGAGUUUAAAAUUACAAGGGAAAAACAGUGAUAUAUUCCAAUAUGCCGAACGUAUUCAAGGAUUCCGAAAGACGUUGCUGUUAUGGCAAGCAAGGCUUAAAAGUAAUCGUCCUAGCUACUACAUGUUUCCAAGAUUUUUGCAACAUAUUGAAGAGAAUAUUAUUAAUGAAAGCAUUUUGAAAGAAAUAAAAUUAGAGAUAUUGUUACAUCUCACUUCUCUAUCUCAAACUUUUAACCAUUUCUUUCCGGAAGAGAAAUUUGAAACAUUAAGGGAAAACAGUUGGGUAAAAGAUCCCUUUGCUUUUCAAAACCCUGAAUCAAUAAAUGAUUUAAACUUGGUGCCUGAAGAAGAGAAUGAAUUAUUGCAGCUUAGUUCUUCAUAUAUAUUGAAGAAUGAUUAUGAGACCUUAAGUUUAUCAGCAUUUUGGAUUAAGAUAAAGGAAGACUUUCCUUUGCUAAGUAGAAAGAGUGUCCUGCUGUUACUACCAUUCACAACGACUAGUUUGUGUGAACAAGGGUUUUCAGUCCUAACCCAGUUAAAAACAAAGAAAAGAAAUGGGUUGGACGGUGCAGCAGAUAUGCGGGUAGCAUUGUCUUCCUGUGUUCCAGACUGGAAUGAACUUAUGAACAGGCAAGCACACCCAUCACAUUAAAUAAAAUCUUACCUAGUUUUUAUUUUUGUAUUUCUUAUAU